CCGCAGAUCAAGAGUAUUCAUGCUAUAUAUAUAUAUAUACAUAUUUUCGUAAGAAGAACACUCCAUUGUGAAAUUUGUCUAGUUGUCUAAGAGAGAUUCUGCCUUUAUUUUAUAUACGAGUAUACGAUUGUACCCUGCAAGCAUCGAUUUCCCACGAAUUCUCAUAAAAUACACAGUAUUAUGCAAACUAUAUCUCUGUGCGCAGCGCAUUCUUUCAUCCUUUAUAAAUAAGCGCAAACGACGAACGCGCGAGAAAGAUAAAGAGCGCGAGGCAAAUCAAAAUAACGAAUCAUCGCGCUCCCGUUGCGAGAGAACAAAAGAAAUUUUUCCCCGCUUAUACGCAUCCGCUCCAAAAACAAAGCAUUCUUCCGCGACGAUAUAACGUGCGUAUAACUCAGCGCACACAUCAGCAGCACGCGUGCGUAAUAAUGACACUCGCUAAUUGCUUGCGAUCGUAAAACAUGUUCUCCGCGUGUGCGUUGACGGCGUUGCUCUUAUUUAUUAGCGUCUGCAGUUUCCAAGAGAGAGAGAGAGAGGAUCGACGAGUCACGCGAAAACUGGAAAAGGCCUUGACUGAUAAUUCCAAAAUUACGUUGAUUUCGCUGCAGCUGUUAACGCGCGUGAUUUGCGUCAAUGUGAAAGAUUUAUCUGCCGAGUAUUGCGGAGUACAUUGUUCGAAGCAUGAGUAUAUUCGAGCGUCGAGUCAUUCAAAAAGUGAAUCGAGUCGCACGCGCUGUUGUAAAAAUUGGAAUUUUUCAUCGAAAUUCUUUCGGGCUCUGCAACACAACUCUAUAGUUUAGAGAGCAGUAUUUAUCAGCAGUGCAGAAGUGCAUAUACAGAUUUGUUGUAAAACGAGCGAGCGGGUUUAUCUGCUUGGAAUAGAAGCGACGCCGGAAAUUUUCAAGAACAAGGUUUAGCGUCGUCAUUCACUCAAAUAAAGAAGAUGAAUCGUGCUCGAGUUGUUUACUUACAUAAUUUAUUUUAGAUAGUAUCGCGAGCUUUGAUUCCCUUUUUUUUUCGAUGGUUCUUCAACUCAUAAUAAUUUAAUGUACAUAACGCGAUGUACCAUAAAAGUAACCUGUUUCGAGUUUCAAAUUUUUCCACAAGAUAUUCAGAAAAAAUUCAAAAUUAUGUAAAAGAAUACCGUUUCCCUCAAUUGCUUAGCCAAACGUAUCAUAAUUCAAGAUCUCAAAAGGAAUAAUGAUGCUAUGCUUGCGUAACUGAUUCUCGAAUUAGCGCUUCGCAGAAGUGUUUGUUUUUCAAAUUAGCUUCUAAUUCAAAAAUAUUUCAAACCUGAAAAUCGAAAAAUUGCUGUCGUUCAUUCGCUGGCUACUUGUCUUUCAAAAUUCAACGAAACUUGUGAAAUAACUGAAAAUGAAAUUCCACGCGACGUCUAAAGGUAUAUAAAUAGGCAACACGAACGGGGGCAUCUUUAGCACUCUGGAUGACAAGCUUGCAUGAAUUCACGCAAUAAUAAAAGAGGAACAACAAAAUUGAAACGUUCGCAUACGAAAAUAAUCGCGACUAUCUACCGAGUUUACUUGUUUACUUAGCGAUAGUGGCGGGUGAUAUUGCGCGACCAUCUAUGCAACUCUCCCUUUCUUUCGCGGCUGACAUAAUCAUACGUGUAUAUAUAUACAAAUAAUUGUUAGUCAUCCUUUUACGCGCACUGCCUGCACAGGAUAUGUAACUUACUCAUGUACACAAUUAUGAACGCGAUAAAGCUGGGAGCAUUAUCGGCUACUUUGGAUACAACAAAUGGUCAACAACAUGCGCCGAGUGCAUGGUCAGGAGAGAAAGCCAUACGCGGAAGCACGUGGUGGUUUGGCCCACUGCGCCGCUCGCUAUUGUAUACAGCUGGUGCUGGACACGUGCACGCAGUGUUUAUGUCGACUUGUGUACCGCUCGUCGUCUCCGCCAAGUUAUUAUAGCUUUUCUUAGAUUUCGAGGGAAAUUGAUGUCAUAGUUGCGCGAAAAGGAUGCCGGCCUGCAGGUACACUCAAGGAUCUGAGCAAGUUUUUGGAUUCGUUCGAUGUCGUGCUGUCCGACUGCGAUGCCUAAAAACGGACAUCCAGCUGGGCCAGCGUUGCGGCUUCACGACGCCAAAGGAGCUUGUAAGCAUAAAAAAGGAUCCCAAGGGAUCGCCCAUCGUUCGCAGCUUCUACGCCGACCAACUGUCCGACGUCCUCGACUGCGUGCUGAAGCGCUUCCAUAGUCAUGCGAUAAUGCUUUGCUGCCAUUCGCCUAUACACACAUCGAAAGUAUUUAUACUGUGGUAUAUACUUUAGUCAAUCUAUACAGCAUUAUAUGUACAAACUAUA